GUGUCAAAUGAUGGGAUUCUGCCAAUUCAAGCAGGAAUAAGAAAUAACAAGAAAAUAACGACUGUAGCUAAUGACAUUAAGACAAAAGAAAAAUGGUUCAAAUGUGAGAUAUGCGAUAAACGAUUCAGACUUGCAAGCAGUUUGAAGCGCCAUAUGAGGAUACACACCGGUGAAGAAAAUUACAUAUGUCAGAUAUGCGGUAAGCAAUUUAUACAAGCAAACCAUCUGAAACGCCAUAUGAUGAUACAUACUGGUGAAAAGAAUUACACAUGUAAGCUAUGCGAUAAGCGAUUCGGAUGUACAAGCACUCUAAAGAUCCAUAUUAGGAUACAUACCGGUGAAAAAAAUUACAUAUGUAAGAUAUGCGACAAGCAAUUUGGAACAUCAGACCAUCUGAAACGCCAUAUGAGGACACAUACGGGUGAAAAUAAUUGCAUAUGUAAGGUAUGCAAUAAAACGUUCAAACAGCAAUCAAACCUGCAGCGACACAAUUUGGUACACGAAAAACUGCGAUUCGAAUGUAAGCAAUGCAAUAAGAAUUUAGCUCGAAAGGAUAGUUUGAAAAGACACAUGAAAAUACAUGAAAGUUAG